GAAAGUUGUUACUAAGAUACACAAAUCUCUUCUCCAGGUGAGGCUCAUCAACUCUCCGAAGUCUCUUCUCCGGGAUCUUCUCCUCCAGAGAUGGGAAUAAAGAACUUUCUGGCUGCAAUAUUCUGCCUGCUGAUUGGAUGGGAACAUGUGGAGGCGCUCAGCAACACCUACGAGUUGAAGUUCAAACCCAAUGUCUUCGAUGACCAAUACAUUGGGUGUGUGGACAAACUCAACGAUGACGGCAUGCCCAGGAUCCUGCGGCAGGAGAAGGCCAACCAGGAAUUUGACAAAGCUUGGCAGAGGGCAACUAAAGUGUGGAACAAUAUGGUGUCCAAGGUCAAACUCCCAGAUGAAUUUGAGGACGAGCAUGGAAUCGCUCUACUGGUGUUCACCAACCAGUUCCCUAAGAAGAACCCCAUAUACCAGCAAAUGAAUGCCAACCUCACCAUCGCUGGAGCCUCUCUCAAGGACUACAUGGACAACUUUCACUUCAAAGCUCUUCACUUCUACCUGACCAGAGCCCUGCAGAUCCUCAAACCGGACUGCAGAAAACCGUAUACCACGUUCCGGGGGAGCUGGGACACCUUCGAGGCCUCUCCGCUCUUCAAGUUUGGGAGAUUCACCUCCACUUCCCUCAACAGCACCAAGGCUAAAACCUUCGGAGUGAUGUCCUUCUUCCAGAUCACCACCUGCUUUGGUGCCGAAAUUGGCCAAUUAUCGUUUUACCCCGGGGAAGACGAAGUUCUGAUCCCACCUACUGAGAAAUUCACCUACGUCAUGAAGAAUGACUCCACCUAUGUUCUGGAGAGCACCGGCCAGCUUUGCAGCUACUUCAACUGCGCCAUCAUGGGAGGGGAGAAGAAGACGGAAGCGAUCUGUCACUCAGACUCGUCCAAAUUAAAGAAGAUCGAGAAGAACAAAGUCUCCUCCCCUCUGUCUGAGCUGGAGGAGCGAAUCACAGCGCUGGAGAAGCUGGCCAUCCGGAACCACGAGGAAUGGGACAGGCACAGAACCAACAUUACAGAAUUGCCCGUCUUCAUAUUGUACACCUAUAAAGAGAUGGAAGAGGUGAAAUCACAGAUGAAAUCCUCCCAGAACCAGCAAAGUCCGAACGCCGAGGUCUUCCAUCACACCACCAAUAUCCUGAAUCUGCGGCUGGAAGAGGAGCUGAGAGAUCGCAGAGCCCUCCGGGGGGAGGAGGAGAAACUGGACAGGAUCCGCACCAAGCUGGACGACCUCCGGGACUUUGCCUGGAACGCUAAGCUCCGCCUUCGUGAUAUGGAGGAAGCUCUGGACACUGACAGGACGCGGGUGACCGAUGUCCAGGAUUCCAUUUCCCACAAUCUGGAGACAGUGAAGACUCUACAGGAACAAAUGUCCGUUAUGCAAGCUUCCAGAGAUGAUCUGCAGGACACGGUGACAAUCAUCACCUGGGGAUUGACCGUCGUCAGUAUUAUUGGAAUCCUAAUCGUGAUGAACAGACUCGUGGGUAUUCUCUAGAAGAGUACCUGAAUGAAGACAACUGUGAUUUCCAACACUGCUUCGGUGAAUGAUUUGUGAAUCUGGUGAAAGUCGUCUUCUCCCCCCUUCCAGGGAACCGCGCUCAGAUAAGGAAAUGUCUUCCAGUGUGAAGAUACAUUGGAUAGAAAGAUAUGAGAAUCGUCUUCUGGUGGGGUGGUGGAUCCGCUACAUUUUAGCACUUCUUUUCUAUAUUUAAACUCUUUCUGGAGACGGGUGGACAACAAAUACCAGAUUGCCUUUUAAAUUAUUGUGCCUUGUUAAACUGUCUUUAUUAUUACUGUUACCGAUCUGUUGCUGGUUGGGGGUUGGCGUGUUCCUCCAUGGACUCGAUUCUCAGGAAUCUCUGCUGCUAAUGAUCACCGAAUCUCUGAUUUGUGUUUACAUGAUCUGAUUGGAGGAAUGUUACAGAGGGUGGUGGAGCCAAUAUCCGGCUGUGAUCCAUGAAUGUCAAAGGGGCGUCGAUGAGCCUGUAUCCAGCCAUGGUCCAUGAAUGUUAUAGCAGGUGGUUGAGCUGAUCUCUAGGCAUGAUCCAUGAAUGUCCAAGAGGGUGGUGGAUCCAUAUUUAGCCAUGGUUCAGGAAUAUCAAAAAGGGUGGAGGAGCUGGUGUCCAGCCAUGGUCCAUGAAUGUCAUAGAGGGCGGUGGAGAUGGUGUCCAGGCACGAUCCAUAAAUACCCAAGCGACUUGGUAAAGCUGAUGUCC